AUGGCGAUUACGCGUGGUAAUGGUAGCCAGCCCAGUAGCGGUGCCCCACCACCUGAAGUGGAACCGCACCAGCUUUUGGAGAUGAUUCAUGGAUUGGUGGCGAAUCAGCAGUUCUUGGCUUGGCAUUUGCAGCGGGAGCCUCAUCAUCAGCCUCCACAUCGUCCAGAGUCUAGUGUUAGGGAGUUUCGGUAUAUGCGGCCCCCUUCUUUCUCUGGUGCUGAAGGACCCCUAGUAGUGGAGGAAUUCUUGAAGGUCACUGAGACUAUUCUCACGAUGACCUGUAUUGCCCCUGCUGAAUGGGUGGACCUUAUGGAUAUUCAGCUUAUCGACACCGCUCGGAUUUGGUGGACUGCAGAGAAGACUCAUCUGGAGAGGCCCAUCCUAUGGGAGACAUUCACCGAGCGCUUCAACAGGAAAUAUUUUCCUCAGUCAGCUCGGGAUGAACUCCUACGUAGAUUUGUUGAGCUUAAGCAAGGAGGUAGAUCCAUUGAUGAGUAUGAGGCCGAGUUUUCUUCCUUGAACCGAUAUGCUCCUCAUCUUGUUACAGACCCCACUAUCAGGAGGCAUCAGUUCCAGAAGGGUCUGCACAAGUAUAUUAGAUUGGCUCUAGCUGGUAGAGCACUUGCGACCCACGACGUCGUGUUGGAUGCAGCACGCGAGAUCGAGAGCAUUCAGAAGGAGCCUGAAGACCCACAUAUGAUCCAGAGCAGAACACCAGCAGCUCCGACCCGAGAUGAUGAGCGUCCACCUUCGAGGCAGCAGUAGAAUCCACAGCGGCAGCAGUUUUCUCAACGCCAGCAACUUCCUCAUGUGCAUCCCUAUCAACGCCCAGGAGUGCACACUCACGACCGGCCCUCGGUGCAGUGUUCCUAUUGUAGCUACCCUGGGCAUACUCAGCAGGAGUGCCCCAGGCGUCUUCGUUUGUGCUACAACUGUGGGUCCCCCGAUCAUGUCAACCGGGAAUGUCUGCAGCGACAGCAGGCCAGCUUACCCCCACCUCCAGUUUGAGCAGCUCUUCCAGCUCCACCUCGAUCAGACUCAGCAGCUCCAGCUCAGCAAGAACCCAACCCUCGAGCAGUCCCUCUCCCUCCACAGCAGCAGAUUUAUCAGGAAGCACAAAGGCAGCAACCACCACGUCAGACAUUCAUGAUGAUGGCCGUGGAAGCUAAGGAGAACAACCAAGUUAUCACCGAUUUAGGAGACGGACAACCUCAGUUUGGGAUCGUACAGGAGCCAGAUGAUUCUUAGCAGGGGUGCCUUGCAGAAGGAGUAGAAGAACCAACUGAAGCAUAGUAGUUUUCUUCCGUAGUAGUAGUUGGACAUUAAAACUCUUUUACCGUACUUUUCUUUAGUUGAUGAUGGAUUUAGUAGUUUAACAGUACUUUCUUUAUGAACUAUGUAUUUCUUAUUUCCUAGUUGGAUGAUUUUGUAAUAAGGGUAUGUUAGACCCAUAUUUUA